GCCCGCUGUCUGAUCCCAGGACGGGGCGAACCAAUCUUCAACGCUGCCGUCGGGAUAUCUCUCGACACUGGAUCCAUCACCUUUGUUGGGCCCCAGUCAGAGCUGCCUCGAUCUCUCGCGUCACUACCACGAGUGUCGGUGCAAUAUCUUCUGCCGGGUCUUUGGGAUUGCCACACUCACUUUAUCGGGACCGUCAAUGUCGACUUUCCCGACAUGGUCUUGACCCACCCUGCAACGCUGGGGGCUGCCAUCACACGCGGCCUCCACCAAACCCUCAUGGCCGGGUUUACUUCAGUGAGAGAUGUGGGCUCUUACGCAACAGAGGCGGCCCCUCUGAUAGAAAGUGGAAUCAUCCUUGGGCCCAACAUCUUUGGAGCGGGUGCUGCUAUUGGCAUAACAGGUGGAAGCUGUGACGCUUGCACUCUGCCAUCUGACUAUGUCUACUCGCGCCAGGGCACUUCAAGUAGCAACCCCUGGCCGGGUGUUAGUGCUCUUGUCAUAGCUGAUGGCGUGGACGAAUGUCGCACCGCCGUCCGCCAACAGAUCAGACGAGGUGCUCGCUGUAUCAAGGUGGUUGCCACUGGUGGUGUCCUCAGCACUCAGGACGACCCAAAGUACAGACAGUAUUCCGAUGCAGAGCUCGCUGCUCUAGUUAACGAAGCCACUCUCCAGGGUCGGUCGGUAGGUAUUCACGCGCACGGAAAGGACGGCAUCAUGGCAGCCAUUAGGGCGGGCGCUCAUACGAUCGAGCACGGAAGCUACAUCGAUGAUGAGGCAGCAGAGCUGAUGGCAGAGAGAGGCAUCACGCUCGUGGCGACUCGUCAUGUCGUUGAAGCGGGUCUUAAGAAUCUUGAUAAGCUUAACCCACCCACGGCCAAGAAGAUGGUCAACAUUGCCGAGUCUCACCUGAGAGCAUACCAGACUGCGGUACGCAAGGGGGUCAAGAUCGCCCUGGGCACCGAUAUUGCCGGGUCUGAUCCGAGAACAGACACGGCCCAUGGUAAGAACGGUCAUGAAGUCGCUCUU